AUUCCUAAUCUGGCCAUACACAAAAUCAUUUUGACAUGUUGGAACAAAUAUAUGUCUGGUUUUGUGAGGAAAAAGACUGUAGCCUUGUCAGUGCCUUUCAAUCCUGAGGCCCAGGGAACAACUGUCAAAUCCGGUGCUAAGAGCAAGGUACGAUACUCAGACGGGGUGAUACGUCGAACCAACUGGGUGGGCAAUGUGCUUGAAGAUACCAUCCUGCAGAUAUUUGCCAACGGGGAGAUGGAUGUAUUUGUAAACAUAAUCAAGGUUGAAGUUGUUCCAAGCUACUCUGCACUGAAGGUUUGGUGGGAGGCAAGCGGAGUGCAUGAAAAAGACAAACAAACUCAACAGCUCCUUGAAACACAGGCUGGCAAACUCAGGCACUUGUUACUUCAGUCUCAGGUGUGUGGGCGUGUGCCUCCGGUCGUGUUCAUGAGGGAUAUCAGCGCAGCUCGCCAGAAGCAAAUAGAGGAGCUACUUCAUAACCUUGACACGGGGCCUCCAGAUACGGAAACAGAGCUGGAUGUGACAGAGCAAGACAAGCUUGAACAGCAGGAAGAUUGGAAAAGGAAACAAGCAUGGAAAUCUACUGGGCAUAGUACUGAUUUGGUGGUGAAACCAGGUGAAACUGAUGUUGAAAGAAUUGAGUUUGAGGACAAAUUGUUUGAUAAUCAUGAAGUUGAUAGUAAUAUAUGUGAAGGUGUAUCAUACAGUUUUGAUAAAGAAUUGAGUGCUGAAGAGAAAGGGGUUGAAGAAAUUGAUUUAGAAAGAGUAAGAACUAGUGACUUCAAGUUAAGACAAGAUCUGUAUGGGUUACAGCAUGAUUCCCUUAUGAAGAAAGUGCUAGAUAGCAAGCUGGCAAAAAGGCCCCUUGCUGCAGUAGAGGAAAAAGAAACAUUCAAUAUGGACAGACUGGUUUUCAAGCAAGAUAAGAAAAGAGCCUAUAAGCCUUUUAAAGUAUCAAAAAGAAGAUUAGAAAGAUUAGAAAGGCAGACUUAUGGAUACAAUAAUUAUGAUGAUUAGAAAUGUAAUUUUUGUUCUUUUUUAUGUGUGGUACUUUGCGGAAAUGUUUAGCAAUAAAGUUUCAUGUAUAUAGUUUAUUUAUAGCAAUCUGUUAAAUGAAUAUCAGCAAUUUUAGUAAUGCGAUGUUUAAGAGCCAUGAACCUCCAAGUGCAAGGCCAUUAUUAUGUGUUAAAGGUCAGAUUGCUGUAUUUUUCAUGUCUGCUCCACGAAAUUAUAAGAGGCCAUUUUGAUUAAAUAUUGAUUUCAUAAUAAGGAUUGAAUAUCAAUGAUAAUUAAUGAUGUUCAAAUGACAGGAUGUGCUGUAUCAGUAGUUAAUUAGUAGUAUAACAAAUCCAAAUAUAUUAUAACAAGAGGCCCACAAGGGCCUAUGCUCUACUAAGACCUUGUUUUGUCAUUUUCUAUACAUAUGGUAUACGGUACACUGUGUGUAUACCAGGUGAUAAAUUGUGUCAUAAAUGCUGUGUUGGAAGGCAAUAUUUUGCUUCAAAUGAAGACUAAACAAAGAUUACUUUUCUAUUUCUUCACCAUAUUAAGUGAAACAUAGUGCAGUCUACGCCCCUAACAGAGCCCUGUCUGAGGUCUUUAACCAGGGUUUGAUUGAGAGUGUAGUUUGUUUAAACACUUCAACAAACCUUCUCACAAUACGAUCGUCAGAUGGAGCACUGUCAAAAAAUUAUUUCGGAAACAGGUUUGUCGAAGUGUUUGAUGAAAAUAAUCAUCAAAUUUUGUUAAUAAAACAAAGGCGCGGUCCUUUAAGCGACAUAGACUGCCCUUUGUUUCAUUUAAAAUGGUGUAGUAAAUUAAAAGUUAUCUUUGAUUUAAGUCUUGAUCCUAAGCAAAAUGCUGCCUUAUGAUGUAGCAUUUAUCACGUGGUAUACACACACUGGUAUAUAUUGGUAAUAGGCAACAAACUGAUAGCCCCCAUUACCGUUUUGUAACAUAAAGGUGAAAGGUGGAUAUGGAGACUCUAUUGAAAAGAGAAAAGUUGCCAAUUUACAAUCAUGUAUGGGCGGAUUUGGCUGUUAUUCGAAUAAAACUAAAGCCCUAUCUAACUUCUGUACACGUUUUAUCAAUACAAUACUUCAUCCUGAUCUCGUUUACAAGCAAUGGUUUACUGACACACG